AGGGGGAGAGAACCCGGUCGUGCGCCCCGGCUCUUGGCCACCAUGCUGCCGCCUGUGCUGCUGCUGCUGCUGCCCUUCCCAGCCCCACCGUCUGUCGAUGGGCACCCACUGUACCUGCACCUGCCCCCCAGCACCCUGCAAGCCCUGUCAGCCCAAGGGACAAAAGCGCUGCAGGCUGCCCAGAGGAGCGCCCAGUGGGCAGUAAAUCGAGUGGCAAUGGAGAUCCAGCACAGACUCCACGAGUGCAGAGGCUGCGCGAACCACACGGCCCCGUGCCCCGGACCUGCGCGUCCUAGACCACAACCUCAGCAACCAGCUGCGCCAGGGCCGUGUGGCGAGAGGCGCCCGAGCCCGGUCAACGUGACGCGAGCCCACGGCCGCAUCGUCGGGGGUAGCGCUGCACCGCCCGGGGCCUGGCCCUGGCUGGUGAGGCUGCAACUCGGGGGACAGCCUCUGUGCGGUGGCGUCCUGGUGGCGGCGUCCUGGGUACUCACCGCGGCGCACUGCUUCGCGGGCGCCCAGAACGAGCUUCUGUGGACGGUGACGCUGGCCGAGGAGCCCCGAGGGGAGCAAGCGGAGGAGGUGCCGGUGAACCGCAUCUUGCCCCACCCCAAGUUUGACCCGCGGACCUUCCACAACGACCUGGCCCUGGUGCAGCUGUGGACGCCGGUGAGCUGGGCAGGGGCGGUGCGCCCUGUGUGCCUGCCCCAGGGGCCCCGGGAGCCACCCGCCGGCACAGCUUGCGCCAUCGCGGGCUGGGGGGCCCUUUUCGAAGACGGGCCGGAGGCUGAGGCGGUCAGGGAGGCCCGAGUGCCCCUGCUCAGUGCUGACACCUGCAGACGGGCCUUGGGGUCCGAGCUGCACCCCAGCAGCAUGCUCUGUGCGGGCUACCUGGCCGGGGGCAUCGAUUCCUGCCAGGGUGACUCUGGAGGCCCCCUGACCUGUUCUGAGCCUGGCCCCCGCCCCAGGGAGGUGCUGUACGGGGUCACCUCCUGGGGGGACGGAUGCGGAGAGCCAGGGAAGCCCGGAGUCUACACUCGCGUGGCCGUGUUCAAGGACUGGCUCCAGGAGCAGAUGAGCGCAACGCCCUCCGGCCGGGAACCCAGCUGCAGGGAGCUUCUGGCCUGGGACCCGCCCGGGGAGCCGCAGGCAGACUCCGCCCCGCCCUGCGCCUUCUACUCCCGCGUGUGCCCGGGGCCCGCGGUCGCCUGUGCGCGCCUGGCGCACCAGCAGUGCCUGCAGCGCCGGAGGCGAUGCGAGCUGCGCUCGCUGGCGCACACCCUCCUGGGCCUGCUGCGGGGCGCUCAGGACCUGCUCGGCCCGAGCCCAGGGAUGCGGCGCCUGGCCCCGGGCCUGGCUCGCCCCGCUCUGUCGCUCCUAGAGCCUCCCAGGCACCCCGCCCGCGAGCAGCGGCUGCACCCAGGAUCGCGGGCUGCAGGAGCGAGGUUCCCGAAGCGGACACCGGAGCCGCGAGAGGAAGCGAGCGGCUGCCCUGGGCUGGAGACGCUGCAACAGAAGUUGGCCACCCUUCAAGGCGCCCAUGCCUGGAUCCUGCAGGUCCCAUCAGAGCACUUGGCCAUGGACUUUCAUGAGGUCCUGGCAGAUCUGGGCUCCAAGACCCUGAGCGGCCUCUUCCGAGCCUGGGUGCGGGCGGGCUUGGGGGACCGGCACGUGGUCUUCGGCGGCCUGGUGGGCCUGGAGCCAGCCACGAUGGCCCGCAGCCUCCCCCGUCUGCUGGUGCAGGCCCUGCAUGCCUUCCGCUCGGCUGCCCUGGCAGAGGCAGCGGGACCCCAGAUGGGUGCAAGGCAGAGUGGGGGGCCGGAGCGGAAGGGGCAUCACCCACUGAGCCCUCAGAUUCCUUCAGCCAGGGGGCCAUGAAUUACAUCUGGACCCCUAGCCCCUGGGCAGGACCUCCUGCUCCCAGGGGCUCCUCUGAUCACAGUGUCACAGCCACAGUCAGCCGGGUGUGGGGGGCGGGGGGGCCUGGGUCCGUGUGUCUUCCCAGAUGUACCAUCAGAAAAUCACAGCUGAUUCAAUAAACAUUAUUUAUGAUCUA